AUUGAUGAAAACGUGCCAGUCUUGAAGAGUGUGAUGGGGGAGAAUAGAGAUAUAAGCAAGGUCUUAUGAUUGUGAUGUACAUGCACCAAGAUAAGCUUCUUUUUCUUUCUUGUUCAGACAUAAAUUUCUGAAAAUAUAAAAAUAUUGUUCAAGAUUUUGCAAACUUCACUGCCUCCACUCACAUCAUCUCCUCCCUAUCCAUAUUCCAUCUCUCUAAUGGAGGUAGAACAGCAGCAAGAAGCUGAUGAAUUGGAUCAGAGCUUAAUACCCAGAAAAAGAAACCUCCAUCAAACCCCAUUUUCCACCAACAAUUCAUCAACAUUUGAUGGUGAAAUGAGCAGUAGUAGUUCAGUUGAUGGUGAAGAAUGGAAGCAACAAGGAGAAGAUGAAGUGGUCCAAGAUUUUAUUCAACAAAAUGGCAUAAAGAUUGAUGAAGAUGAAACAGAGAAAGAGAAACAAGAGUAUUGUGUUUAUUAUGAUACAGAUAAAGGUACUGGGUUGCAUGGUGAAUCAUCUGCAAAUGGUAUUGAUUCAACUGCUCAUGAGAAAAACCAUUUGCAAGAGAACACCAAUGUAGCAAGCCAUAAUCAAGAAAAUGGGAAUGGUCUGUACCAUGUUGUCAACAACCAAAAUGCCGAACACCAAAACCAAAAUGCCGAACACCAAAAGCAUGACGAGUUUUCUGAUGGUAAUCUUCAGCCUUCUGAAAUAUCAUUCGACAAAAGUUCCCCAUCAUACAUAAACAUUGAAACAGAAAGCAGUGAUAUUGAAGUGAUUAAAGAUGUUGAGAAUGAAAUAACUGAAUUUGAUGUGGAGACGGUAUUAAAGAAGCAGGAUACACAUGAUUUGUACUGUCCUAACUGUAAUUCUUGUAUCACCAAAAGGGUAAUUCUUCGUAAAAGGAAACGCAGGAUUCCAGCUCCUGGUGAAGAUGCGAAGCGUAACAAGUCGGAAACUCCCAUUCCUUCUCAAGUGAAUGUUGUUUCAAGCAACAGUCAAGCUCAGAAUGGAAGUGAGCUUAGUUUAGACGAUGUUCAGCCACCUGCAUCUAAUGAAUAUGAUCAUCAAAUAGAGCCAGAUGUAUUCAGAUGUUUGUCAUGCUUCAGCAUUUUCAUGCCCACAGGGACCGGGUUUAAGUUGUUUCGGAUGUUUGGAAAUAAAAGUGACGAAGAAAACAAUCAACGUUCUCAGAAGCAAGUGGGUGUGAAGAAACACUGGUUUUCUUCCAUUUUUGCAUCAGAUAAGGUGGAUCAAUCAAACAACGAAGGAGUCGUUAAGAGUUUUGAUAGGGAAAAUAAUGUAUCUUCUAACCUCGAUGAGCUGAAUGUUCUGAGGCAAGAAACUAGCUCGCGUACUACCGAUGCUACAAUGCAUUUGGAGGGCAAGGCUGCUGCUGACCAUAUUCCGUCCUCAAGUUUGCAUGACCCGAACAGUCAAGUUUUGGUAAAAGAUCAAGUUCAAUCAGCACCUUCUUCAACACAAGAAUCUGUUACAAUUGAACAAGUUAAUGCUGAGGAAUCAAAUAAUACUAAUAUCGGAAGGAUUGCAGACACUCAUGAUCAGUUACUUACCUCUUACCAUAUAGAUUCCAACGCCAAAAGCGAUUAUCCAGGAAUGUUUGUCGUCAUGCCUCCGGCUAAUAAUAACAGUAAUAACGGGGAGCCUACAGAUGACGACAUUUCUUCACUUCAACAUGAUGGAUUGAGGCUCGUUGUUCCUCCAAAUGUGGGAUCUUUAAUCAUUGACAAUUCACAAAUGAAUCAAGAGCUUGAUGUCACAGUUCAAAUGAAUACUUCAGUUUCAGCUGAAUCAACAAAUACAAUGUCUGAAGAACGCACUGUCCAAAACAACGUCGAAAUUCAUCUAGAACAGCCUCUGAAGGAUGUCUUAACAGACAAACAGAUCAAAGUUGAAGAAUUGAAGAAAAAUGAAAGCAUCGAAGGAAAAGACACAGUAAUUACUAUAGACAGCAAGCAGCUUGAUCCAUCCAGCCAUCAAAGAUCACCGGGUGAGACUGGAACUUCGGCCUUGCAGCAUGUUGAAAGUGGGAGUCAACAAGGCGAUGCCACCACGCUGACAGGUGGUCGUAGCUUGGAGAUAGUUAAAAGCAUGGUUUACGGUGGUCUGAUGGAAUCAAUUGCUAGUCUUAGUGUUGUGUCGUCUGCAGCUGGUGCUAAUGCCGACACAUUGAAUGUGUUAGCGUUGGGACUGGCUAAUAUAUUUGGCGGAUUGUUCGUGAUUAGUCAUGAUCUUUGGGAUCUUAAAGCCGAACGCACAAGGGGAUCUUCAGAAGACCGAUACCAACAACUUUUGGGACGAAGAGCAGAUUUCGCACUUCACAUGGUGGUUUGUCUGUUAUCAUAUCUUGUAUUCGGGUUCCUCCCUCCAGUUGUGUACGGUUUCUCCUUCCGUGAGAGCAACAACAGGGAUCUGAAGCUUGUGAUGGUGGCAGCAGCUUCCGUUAUUUGCAUCAUGAUACUGGCAGCCGGAAAAGCGUAUGUGCAGAACAAGUCUUAUUUCAAAACUAUCGCUUAUUAUGUGACCUUUGGGUUCAUGGUGUCGGGUGCUUCUUAUUUGUUCGGUGAUUUGAUUGUGAAGUUAUUGGAGAAGAUGGGUAUAUUCCAUUCGGGUUCGGUUGUGAACCUCGUAAGCAUUCAUGGAAUGAAUUCAAAGCCGGCUCUCGCAACGUUCUAAUGUCAAAAAUUCACAAUUUUACUUUCAUCUUAAUGUUGUUCAUGAUUUGGUAGCUCUGUAAGGUACAAUUAGUAUCAUUUUCUAGCAUUGCAUUGUACAUUUAUUUAAGAAAAUUUUGAUAACUUUCAUCUUAAUGUUGUUCAUGAUUUGGUAGCUCUGUAAGGUACAAUUAGUAUCAUUUUUCUAGCAUUGCAUUGUACAUUUAUUUAAGAAAAUUUUGUAUGAAAAUAAAAAGUACUCGGUACUCUCAUUCGUAUUUUUUGUGACGUAUUUUUAUAAACCUUCAUUUUAAUACUUUAGAUAUGAUAUAUCAAACACUUAA